AACUUUCCAAAUCUCUAAAACAAAUAUUUCCUAAAUUUUCUCUCACUUUCCGUCAAAAUCCUCUCAAUUUUCUCUUCAUCAAUAUUUUUUUUCUUUUCACAUUUUCCUUGCCCUUCUCCUCUCAUCAAUCGUAAAUGAGAAACGAAAGAGGAGGAGGUACAAUGGUAGCAGAACGAAAUGCUCUCCACCACAGACCGAGAUUCGGAGCCUUCUUGCAUUCCUCCGACCCCUCCCUGCCGUCUCCCGCAAACGCCGCGAACCACCAAGGUUCCAAUGGCGACAUCAACAACAACAACGAUUACUCAACACGUCGUAGCAGUGCCUCGGCAACCAGCCCUGUGUACGACGCCAGUACACAUGGCAGCAGCGCCGAGGCAUCUCCCUAUGCCAUGUCCCCGUGGAACCGGGAAUCCGCGUCGCCGUACAACAAGUCCCCGUGGAUAACCCCGUCGCCCUUAAAUCCGCUCGAGGGGAACUUCCCUGUGAACGGACUCAUCGGGUCCUUAGUUCGGGAAGAAGGCCACAUAUACUCCCUGGCUGUCAAUGGAGACUUGCUCUACACCGGGUCCGAUAGCAAGAACAUCCGGGUCUGGAAGAACCUGAAGGAAUUCACAGGUUUCAAAUCCAAGAGCGGGUUGAUCAAAGCGAUUGUGAUAUCGGGUGAGAAGAUAUUUACGGGUCAUCAGGAUGGCAAGAUCCGAGUCUGGAAAGUGUCCACUAAAAACCCGAGUAAUCACAGACGGGUUGGCAGCUUGCCGACUUUGAAAGAUUUUAUUCGGAGCUCGAUGAACCCGAAGAACUACGUGGAGGUCCGGCGGCAUAGAAAUGUCGUCCGGAUCAGACAUUUCGACGCGGUAUCGUGCAUGAGCAUGAACGAAGAUCAAGGCCUUCUUUAUACUGGUUCGUGGGACAAGACUUUCAAGGUCUGGAGAAUUGCCGAUUCCAAGUGCUUGGAAUCAGUGGCGGCUCACGACGACGCUGUCAAUAGCAUCGUUGUGGGUUUCGAGUCAUUGGUGUUCACCGGGUCAGCGGACGGGACCGUAAAGGUUUGGAGGAGGGAGUUGCAAGGGAAAGGAACGACGCACGUGUUGGUUCAGACGUUGCUGAAGCAGGAGAACGCCGUGACCGCAUUGGCCGUGAACCCGGAAGCGGCGGUCGUCUACUGUGGGUCGUCGGAUGGGUUGGUGAAUUAUUGGCAGUGGGAGAAGCACUUGUCCCACGGUGGGGUUCUGCGCGGCCAUAAACUGGCCGUGCUGUGCUUAUCCACGGCCGGGAACUUGGUGUUCACUGGAUCGGCGGACAAGAACAUCUGCGUGUGGAGAAGGGAGGAAGGCGGGGCACACUCGUGUCUGUCUGUCUUGACGGGCCACACUGGACCUGUCAAGUGCUUGACAGUGGUGGAAGAUUACGGGACGGAGCAUAAGGCGGAUCAGCGGUGGGUGGUGUAUAGCGGGAGCUUGGAUCGGUCGGUGAAGGUUUGGCGCGUGUCGGAGGACGCGCCGAACUUGAGUCAGAUUAUAGCGUUGCAGAAGGAUGCUUAUUCCAGCACCAGCAACAACAACAAGACCACCCUCGUCACUGUUAACAAAUUGGGAAAGGCUUGAAAACAAAAAGGUCGUAGAGAGUUUACUUAAAGCCGACGCUCCUUGAAUGAGAUUGUGUAGUACACUCGCCGUCUGUUCUCUGGGGGCCCCUACAGUAAGGUGCCAAAAAUGUUCAGACGAAGCUGCGGGGCACCGCCCAAGCCAGACCAGGUGAUGAGUGGUCCGUGGAGGACCACCUAGUUUUGCUUUCAAGAGAAGCCUUGGCAUGAAGGGCUUGUAAAUAACUUGCAGAUUACUAUGAAUAUGACAAUAUGAGAUGCAUGCCAAAAAAGAAGUACAAGACAAGGUCCCUAAAAGCCUAUAUGUAUAGAGUCCUGCAUGACCUAAUUCAAUAUUAUGAAGCAAAUGCAAAUGGACCGACCAUAUUUUGCCAGAAGAACAUUAGUUUUCCUUCUUAAUUAUUUAUAAUUUGGUCACAUAUGUCACAUAGCCUAUGUGUUAUUUCUUUGGUUUUGGGUAUAUGUUAUUGGGAUGUAAAUAUUUUGGUUUCUUGUUGUGUGAGGAUUUAUCAAAGUUAUGGACAAUUAAAUAAAAGCAAAUUGAGCCCA